AUGAGCCCCCAAGCAAUGUUAUAUUGGCCAGCGGUCCUGAUCCUGGUACUGGCAGCCACGGGGACCUCGAUGGUGAAUAACGUGAGAAUUUAUAUGAUCGAGCAAGGCUUAUGUCGAGCAUACUACUCAAUAUCCGAUCCGGAGGUAAUAUUAGCCGACGGUAGCGUACCGGAAGAACAAUGUAAAUUGGACACCAUCCAAGCCAAGGUAGCGCUUCUAGUGGGCUGCUUCCAUAUCAGUACUUUGGUCCCAGGUUUAAUAGCGGCUCCUAUCUAUACUCGCCUGGCCUCCAAACUGGGCACUAAGACGGUGCUCCUGAUUAAUGUUUGUAGUUUCACGUUGGGUCUAUGCUACUUUAAUUUGGUUUGCUACUUUUAUGACGUCUUUAAUAUUUGGAUGAUCAUUUUUACGAAUAUAUUCGAUUUUAUAGGCGGUGGUACUCCCCUUCGCAAUACUCUGUUGUACACUUACAUUGCGGAAAGGGUCAACCCUGAACUUCUGAGCAACCGACUAUAUCUUCUAAGCACGCUACUGCUUGGAACAUCCUUCCUCGGGUCAUUCCUUGGCUCACUGGCAAUGAAAGUCAAUGUAUUGUUGCCCCUGUUGAUUGGAACAUGCAUAUUCAGUCUCACAAUCCUGUCAGUUUUCUGUCUUUCGGGGCAGUCGAUGAAUCAAGCGGCGACGAUGACUAUAUCGGAUUACACAGAAAUACCCCAAAAUGAUGAGAUUCAGAGAACAACCUACCAAUCCGCCAACACUGCGAGUGGCAGCGAUCGAAAGCCUAGUGGACUAUGUAGAACUAUAUUCCGUGCCAUGACUGUAGACAUUCUCUUAUCUCUGUCACCUGUUGCAGAAGCACUCCAAGACCCUCUGACGCGUAUGACCGUCUUGAUAUUCCUUAGCAACGACAUCGGAAUGGCUGCCAACGUAACAUUCAAACAGUUUGUAUCUGCAUUAUUCCACUGGGAGCUGGCAGACGUCAACACCGUUUCAUCUUUCGACUUGAUUAUCAGUGCGGCAGUUCUCCUUGGCCUACCUGCUCUGUCUACCUUCCUCGUCAAUUCCCUAUCUGCGACGAAACAGCAAGUCGACCUCUGGGUGACAUUGGGCAGCAGCAUCGCCAAAAUUGUCGGCGAGCUGGGCAUUGGCCUCGCUCCAUCUGGAAACACAUGCUUUCUUUUCUUAAUGACAUACGCUUUUGGAUCGGGUCUACUGGAUGGCCUCCGGUCAUUUGCGACGAGCGGACUAGAAGACGAAAAAUCCAUCCAGAGGCUCUAUAUGGCAAUCAGCAUGGUGCAGGAAAUUGCCGGGUUUAUUGGAGCGCCUAUAUGGACUUCGCUGUUUUAUGCAACUCUUCAUGGAAAUAUUGCCUUGCCAAAGGGGGUGCACUUCUUUGGUGCUGCGGUCUUCUUUAUGAUUGCAUUUGGGCUGACACUGCGGUUGCAGAGACAUGUUCUUAGGUCGUAG